AUGGCUCUUCCGACCACCAUGGAGCUCCCCACCUACUGCGUCUAUCGCGAAAUCCGACCCGACGGCUCCGUCGACCUGGCCGCUCCACUGCACUUCUUUCCCCCGCUAGGCUCCGACGAACUCUUCGACGCCCUGCGUUCGAAAUUCCCUCAUCUGAAGUCCCACUCCGAAAGAGUCGGCCAGGCCAGCAUGCAAUUCUUCCUCGAAGAAGACCUGAGCCAGUUCCCAACUCCCCUGGCCCCACCCUCCUCCACCAACGUCUCCCCCUGGGAGCCUUCCCUACCAUCUUUCUGCUCCGAAACAUCGGCCUGGAGCAGCCCGGACGCUUUCGAUCCCGCGACUCCACACAGCUCGCCGCUCUCUCACCCUCUGAGCCGGCAGCAGUCCAUGGCCACAUCCGCCACUGCGCCAACCAGCGCCACUCCUCCCGCUCUGGAGCGAAUGACCUCGGUUUUCACCCUCGCCGACUACCCUCAACCGAAACAACACGUCCGGCGGAAAAUGACCGACCAGGAAAAGGCCGACUAUCGCCAGCGUCGUCUUGCCAAAGCCUGUGAAAAGUGCGCAAAGAGAAAACGAAAGGUAGCUCUCCCCUUCUCUGUUUCCCGUUCCAUCACUUACUCAUCCCAUCUCUAG